AUGACAACAUACAAUGGCUCAGCAGGGCCUUUCGGAGGAAUUGGCGACAGUGUCGAUGACCAAUCCGCAAGAUGGGAAGCGCUUAGACCUGUGAUCACCCGUCUGUAUAUUGACCAAGCCAUGACUCUUGCCGAUGUCCAGCAAACCCUCGAACGCGACUAUCAAUUUAUUGCGCAAACACACGCGUACAAACGGAAACUGCGCCAGUGGAAUCUCGUCAAGAACUUGCGGAGGAAAGACAUGAAACAAAUCCUGCAGGCUUUAAAAAUAAAAAAUGAAAAGGACUUGCUGCAGAGAUCUAGAAAUAGGGAGAUAUCCGUCGAUGGACACAAAGUUCGCUUUUCUGAUCUCAAGCGAUAUAUUAGACGCCACCAGUCUCCAAGAACCGGAUCCGCCUCGGACGACGAGACGCCCACUCAAUCUAGUGAGCGCAAUCACGAAGUCCCACAGCAGACUGAAAAGCUGGGAGGCUCUGACACCAUGUCGACCAUGACUUUGCCUGGUAGCCCGCCGCAGCACGUGCUUGGACUAGAUGAUGGUCAUUCUUCCAGUCUUCCAACUGAAUGGUUUUCAGGAACAACAUCAGAUCAGCUUGUCAGUAGUCUUCCUUUUCCGGAGACUUCCGACGUUUCAGCAACGACAGAUGGAAAGAUCGAUCAAUGGUAUCAGCUACCACAGACUUCGUCAAGGAAGACGACGAUGAUCUUGGAAGACGUGGAAGUCACCACUUUGGGUAAAAUCACAAACAUUCCGAAACAUGAGAAGGCGAAAGUGAGAAAAGAACCGACGCAUCCAGAGCUGUUUGGAGACCAGAUACUCGAGGAUUCUGCACUCCUUGGCGUUGGCACAGCGUCAACAACAGCCGGUGGUAGUGAAAGGGCGAUGGAUAUGGAAGCGAGCGAGUGCAGCUCCAGCGGUCCACGAAUAAAUCUACAAGACUCAAAACGACUUUUCGCCUGCCCUUUCCACAAGUUUGAUCCACCCCGCUAUUCUGAGCAAAAUGCGCUUGAAACCAGGUAUCGUCGAUGCUCUACCGUCGUGCUCCCAAGCCUUUCUCGCCUAAAACAGCAUAUUUGGAGAGUCCAUGCCUGCCCUGAUUAUUAUUGCAUGCGAUGUUUCGAGACCUUCUCCAAUGCAACAGAGCUGCAUUCUCACUUGACUGCAGAAGUCUGUUCUCCGCGAGGAAGCAGUCCUUUUAGUGAAAAGGUUUCCCACGACCAAAUGAAUGCUAUCAAAAGAAGAGCUAUCAAUCGCGGCCCUGAACAAACAUGGUUCGCAAUCUAUGAAAUUUUAUUUCCUAGGGCAAAGAAGCCAUCAUCUCCAUAUGUGGACAACGGUCAGCGUACUGUUCUAGGUGAUUUUAUAACGUAUUUCGAACAGCGUGUUCAACCCAUGAUGUAUGACAUCUUCAAAAACAAAUUGAAAACAAUGCCGCUGGAUGCUUCCACCGAAGCAGGCAUGAAAAGAAUCUUUCGGGAUACGGCAGAGGAAUCCGUUUCCAACCUAUCGUCAGAUCCCUCUGCCGAUACCAUCUCGACGGACUGGGAACAUAGGUCAGCAGCGGGAUCAUCUGAAGUCAGUCCGUAUUGUGCACUUCCGCGAUCUUCUUGGGUGGAUCAAUCCUCUGGUUGCCAACCCUGGUCUCUCGUGGCUCCAGACAUUUCCAGCAACUGCGUGCCACACCCUACGUAUGAUGAUAUGUUCUUGCACCAUAAUACGUUGAGAGCCAAUGGAGAAAACCUAUUUUUCUCCUUAGACGACUCUCAGAGUACCCUGUCUCCCGCUCUCUGGGCCAUUUAA